CAAGCGUGGUUCAAAUUUGUUGGGGAACAGCACAAAAAGUAGUGGAUCCAACCCAGCACAGCAGCGACAAAAGACAACAAGAAGAGAGCAGCAGAUGGAGGAGGUGAAGGCAUGGUUGCAGAAGGCCGGGCUUGGCUUGUAUGCAAAGCGGUUUGAGCAAGCCAACUUCAACUCACUGGAAGCAUGCAAGGGGUUGACGGAGGAUGACCUUUCCAAGACGAUUGGCAUCGUGGAUGAUGAGCACAGAGCCAUGGUGCUGGACCUUGUGGCCGGCCUGGCAAAGAAGACCACGCCUACCAAGAAGAUUGAGGGCGCGGAGGAGCUGGCAGAACAGAGCGAAGUCGAUGCCACAGCAAAAGUGCAGAAGCGCAAGGCCGGCUGGCGCAACAUCUUCAAGCGCAAGUCUCGAUUUGACAUGAACCAGGACAUCACCAUGUCUGCACAGGACCGCCAGUCCCUUGUGGAAGACGUCAGCAGCGGCAAGCUCAGCGCGCUGGACGCCUUCAGCCGCUUCAGCGCGCACGAGGAAGAGGCCUUCUCCACGCACUCCAAAUCCUCGGACGACCGCGACCGCCGCUUCCUGCGCCGCCGCUCCGUGCACCUCAAGAAGUCGUCGCAGGACCGCCUCGCCAUCCUCAAGCGCGUGCGCGACCAGGAGAUUACCGUGGAGGAGGCGAGCCGGCUGCUGCAGGCCAUCGAAGACAAGAGCAAAGUGCAGGCCAUCCAGGAGGACGAGGAGACCUCCGAGGACGAUGCCACGGCCGAAUCCAGCACCGACAACACCGCCAACGCGUCAUCGUCGGCGGCGCCUGGUCGCCCGCCUGCUCCCGCCAAGCGCACCAUCGCGCUCUCGCCAGCGACGGCAAGCAAGCCCAGCAGGCCGAGCAAGCCCACACCUGCGGCCAAGAAGAGCGACAAAGACAAGGGCGAGGAUGACUCCCUGUCGUCGGUGUUUGAUGCCAUUGCCACAAGCCAGACGCCGCUCACGCAGCCCAAGCGUGCACAGCGGCAGCAGAAGCGCCCGCCAAACCGCGCGCGGAUGAGGCAGAAGCGCGCACAGGCGCAGGCGAUGGACAGCGACCAGGCAUGGAGCAUGCUUGCUGGUGCACAGCCCACACCCGGCACCCUCCCACCUGCGCGCGCAAAGCCGCGUCCCCGCCCCGUUGCCACAUCCCGCAAACCACAGCCAUCAUCAUCAUCACCAUCAUCAUCAUCAUCAGGAGCAGGAGCGAGCAAGCAGACGGUGGUUGCGACCCCUGCGGGCGUGACCACAUCGUCAUCGUCGACAGAUGUGGAUGUCCCGGCCGUUGAUCCGCCGCUGGAGAAACAGCUCCUCCUCGACUGGCUCUCCCCGCUCGGCUGCCAGGAGUAUGUGCCCAAGUUUGUGUCGCUUGGCUACGAUGACGCCUACUUUGUGCGGCAGUUUCUUGACGCGAGCGACCUGGAUGCGCUUGGUGUCACCAACGCCCUCCACCGCACCGCCAUCCUCAAGGCUGUCGUCACCCCGGACCCUCCAGCGGUUCCGCCCCCUUCCAAUAAUGGAAAGCCGCCCCCAUCUCUCCGCCCGCCAUCAUCGUCGUCAUCCUCAUGGUCGGCUGCUGCUGUGACAAAGAAGGCUGCCGCUGGUGCCGCAGGCAAGAAGAAGCCAACACCACCGCCAACAGCAACGCCAGCAGCAACAGCGGCAGGAGCAGGGCAGGGCGACGGAUCGCCCGACGAGCAGCCGCCUGCACGGCCGCCAAAGCCAACGCCAACGCCAACGCCGGCACAGCCCGAGUCGUCAACAACCGCCACGACACCACCAUCAGCCGCAAAGGCGACACCGUCAGAUGCGCCGCCGGCCCGCCCGCCAAAGUCAGCGGCAGUCGCGGCCAAAGUGGUACCGGAGCCAGGCGUGCCUGCAGGCAACGGCGCAGCGGAGGACGAAGGCAAGAGCCGCGGCGAUGCAAACGCAGACGAGGGCGAAGAGGAGAGCACAUUAAGAGGAGCUAGCGAGCAGCAGGAAGGAGGCGACAACACCAAGACAGCGGCAGACGCGCCCACAGCGCCCACAGCGCCCACAGCGCCCGCCCGUCCGCCAAAACCAACGCCGCCGCCACCGGGAGCAAAGGCCGAUGCCAACGCCGAUACUGGCGACGGCAAUGGCGGUGAUGGGGAUGGUGCCGGUGUUGACGCUCACAGCAACGACGACGAUGAGAAGGGUGAUAGCGACGCCGCUGCUGCGCCCCCGCGGCCGCCAAAGCCGACAGACGCGGCGGGCAGCCAGGAUACGGACGCUACGGACACCACUGUCACUGCCGGUGAUGGCGAUGGUGAUGGUGAUGAUGAAGCGACGAGUGCGCCCACGGCGAAACCGCCUGUACGUCCGCCAAAGCCCGUGCCUGCAAGCAAGCAAGCACAACAAACAGCUGAGGAAGAGGAUGCAGCGGAGGAGGGCAACGGCGCUGAGCAGACAGCGGAAGGUGGCGAGGAGAAGCAGCAAAGCCAAGACGAUAAUAAGGAGGACGCAGCGGCGCCCGCAGCGCCGGCGCAAAAACCGCCCGCCCGCCCGCGCAAACCACAGCCCGUAGCACCAAAGAAGCAGGGGGAAGAGGAGGAGAAGGAGGAUGAAGAGGAAACGCAGCAAGAGGACGGUGAUGGUGAUGGUGAUGGUGACGACACUGCAGCUGCGCCAACGCCGGCAGAGAAACCGCCCGUGCGACCGCCGGUCAAGAAGCCGCCACCCAGCACGCCUGACAGCAGCGGUGCUGGUGAUGGUGAUGGCGAUGGCGACGAUGACAUGCAAGGGAAGAAGCGGCCGCCGCCCCGCCCAAAGCCAAAGGCGCCAGAGCCAUCAGCGACAACACAGCAGCAGGAAGACGAGGACGACAAGGAUGAGGACAAGGCGGAGAAGACGGCGGGGAAGGAGGCAGUAGCAGCGCCGCCGCCAAAGCCUGUGCCGCCGAAACCGAAAGCCAAGGCGGCGGUGGCCACCCCGCCUCCACCAAAACCCGCAGUGAAGAGGCCGCCACCGCCAGCCAAACCACCCGUUGCUGCAAGGAGCGAUGACGACAACACCGCGGCAAGUGCGGGCAAGCCUGCUGUUGCGCCACCACCAGCGGCGCCAGCACCGGCAGCAGCAAAGCCACCGCCUCCAACGCCGCCUGCGAGCAAACCAAAACCAAAGCCGCCCGUCGUGCCACCGGCUGAUGCAGCAAACAGCAACAGCAGCAGCGGUAACAGUGAUGCACCUGCACCAGCACCACGGCCAAAGCCAAAGCCUCGUCCACGUCCGCCCGUGUAAUUGUUGUUGUUGUUGUUGUUGUUG